GACAAAGAACACACGAGAAUAUAGGGUUAAUUUGUUGAGAUUCAAAUAAAAUAAAUAAUUGAGAAAUUUUGCGAAAUUUCCCCAAUUUACCAACACAUAAUUAUUACUCCAUGCUGUAAUAAUCUCACAUGACACAAUUUGAUGCAAAAAUUAGAAAGAAAAGAAAACCCAGAUAGUUUUUUCGACAUGCUCAGAAAAUUCCUUCACGUCCAACCUUAUGAGCUCAAAUUCCCAUUUCAAUUGAAUAAGUUGAGCAUAGUUUGGGUGGAAUUGACCAACAAAAUCGAUCAUGAUGUUGUUUUCAAGGUUAAAACAACACAUCCCAAGAAAUAUUGUGUUCGACCUAAUGUGGGUUUGAUCUCUCCUGGCUCAACCUGUGUUAUUAAAGUUAGCAUGCAAGGUCAAAAGGAUUUUCCUGUUGCUUUGCCAAAAGACAAGUUUCUGGUCCAAAGUAUGAUAGCACCAGAUGGGAUGAGUGUUGAAGAUAUAACCUCUGAAAUGUUCAGAAAAGAGAAAGACAGAGAUGUUGAGGAACUAAGGUUGAGGGUUUCCUUUGUUACUGCGGACCCACCAUCUCCUAUUCCCGAAGUUUCAGAAGAAGACUUUUCUCCUGAAGCACCCGAGCUAGAGAAUCUGGAUCACAAGAAUCAUUUAAUGGCAUUAUUUGAUGCUGCAACGAUUGCACGUGAGUUCCAAGAUCAACUCUUCAAGGGACUAAACACUGACAUAGAGGAUGAAGAGCAAAUUUUCGAGGAGUCAGAAUCCACAUUUGAACCUGAAGGGCAGAUUUCUCAGGACUGGGAUCGGGUUUCUCAGCUAAUAGAUGAGAGGUCUUUCUUGAUGCUAGAAAAUCAGGAGCUGCAGUAUGAAGUGGACAUGGUAAGGAGGCAAAUCUUCAAGAGUUCUAGCUAUGGUCGUAACGCAAUGACUCUGGUGCUAUUAGCCAGUUUACUUGGCUUUGUCUUCGGGUAUGUGAUCGAGUACCCUUCUGCAGUUCCAUAGUAUUGUGUAAACAAGCAACCACUUGUGUCGAUUAAAUCGUACUGAUGUAGCUUAGCUUGUAUUUACAAAAGAUUGAAAUCCUCCUCCAAAAAGAUUCUCUCUAAUUGUAAGUUUGUAACUCUCUUGUUACUUCUCUUAUUCCAAUUGUAAAUCCAAUGUUGCAUUCUGAUUUUUACUUAUCCGAACUUAACUGAACUUAUUAGAACUUGUCAAAAUCUUAUUUUAUUUACAAAUUGUACUUGAGUUACCCUUAUUUUUCC